GCCGGUUUCGUAGCUGUCGUCAUUGCGAGCGUAUUCAGCGAGGAAUUGUGUGUGUUUUUGUAAAAGAAGAGUUUUUGGCCGAUCCGGGGAGAGUUGGACAUCUUUUAUUGGUGUUGCCAUUUGUACCAGGUCCUAGUAUUAACAGCUACCGCCCAGUUUUGAUACGCCAAUAGAAAUAAAUGUCUAAGUGUAAAAGUUAACACGCAAAAUAGUAUGCCAGUUUGGCUGAGAGGUGGUAUCGGGCCAAUUCAACCGGAAGUUCUAGCACAAGGUUCCGGAGAACCGGAAGCGCGAGAAAUAACAUGGGUAUACACCCCAGAUGCAGACCUACCACGAGAAGCGUUCUUCGCCGGAGAAAAUGAAAACUGCGACGAGAUGUUCAUCGGACGCACCGUUGUCGACGGUGAUAUGAUACCCGGAAUGAUUGUACCAAACACAGGACAGUUAAUAUUUAGCAAUAAAGGCGUAAUUACAACUACAGAUGAAAAACAAGUAUUAUGCGGAGUGGUAAUGAAGUGGAUGAUAUGCCAACCUACACAAAUCCACCAUAAGGCUGUGAUUGGCGGAAGACUCGCGGAUGGUCAAUCAAUUUACAUCGGAAUGGCAACAAUCAAUGGCAAAGUUCUGAUUGGUCACGUGGAUCCAAGCAAAGACCAUAAAUUGUUUGUACCCUAUGAGGGUAGACAAGAAUCCACAAGGAAUUAUAAAAUAUUAAUCGCGGGUAUAUCCGGCUACGGUUUCCGCCCGGACUUGUACGAUCCCAGCGCCCUAUCCUACGCACCGAAUGAUAUGCCCAGCGCUCCCCAGGCGCCGCACUGGCACCAUCCGCAAGACUUUCCGCCGGUCGGGCCUGGCCAGCUUCCACCCGGCCCACCUGGCAACGUGGAGAUGCACAACGGUGGUUACUUCUGGGUGAACAACAGCACCUUCUCAAAUGUCCCAAUGCACGCAGUGCGCGGUGGCACAGACUCCGACGGUUCGGAAAUCUUCGUAGGUCGCGCUUUUGUCGGCGGUGACUGGUGCCCGGCGAAAAUCGUCCCUGCACGAGGGGAAGCAUACGUUGCUUUUGACAGCCAGGAACACGUAGUGACCAAUUACGACGUAUUGUGCGAACAGCGUUUCCAAUGGGUGCCUGCAUACGGCGGUCAGGUACCACCCAAUGCAGUUUGCGGAGGUCAAACCUCCGAUGGGGAAAGAUUAUACAUCGGCAGAGCGUACCACGAAGGUUCUAGCACGGUCGGAAAGGUUCAUCCAUCGCACAACUGUUUAUACAUCCCCUAUGGCGGUGAAGAACUUAAAUUUGACAGCUAUGAGAUUCUAGUUAGAAUGUAACCUCACAUCUUUUGCGAUAUAAACUUUAAAAUUAAA